CGGUCGCGGGAAGGCUUUGACCACGCGUGUUGGUGGGAGGAGUAGCUCACCAUUCAAACUAGUUUUGUAAACAUUAUUGUGUUAAAAGAUACUAUUUGUGGUGUUUUGACAUGUUUUGAGAAGUUUGCCUUCUAAUUCGGCGUCUUAAAUAUCGCGUAGUUACUUUUAGGAAUUUAUUUUUUCUAGUUCUUUCUAAAUCAGUUGGAAGUUUGUGGAGCAGCCAUUUUUUCAGUCGAAACUCCGCCGUGGACGCUUGUUUUAUACGAGUUCAACGUCGUUAUCAGCUUCGAUAUGCGUCUAAACUGAACUAGUUUGGACUUGUCACGGAGAUAUCAGUCGUCAAAAGGAGGUAUUUUUUCGGACAAUCUGUAGCAGUUUUCACCUGGGACAUCGCAUCGCCGUUUUUGGGACUGUUCAUCGGCGUUCCGGUUGUUGUUGCAUUGCACGAGCAGUGUUGUUAGAUAUGUUUAUCUAAAUUAAGUUGCAUAAUCUUUGCCUGAUUUUCCAGCCGUUUUGGGCUGGUUGUUAUACUCUUACGCAACUUGAGGUUGUGUGUUUUUAAGUUUGAUCUUUUCACAUAAACUGAACAUUUGCCUGGAAAGAUGAGUUUCGGCCCACGGAGGCACGGCAAGUCUCCAAAUAUUAAACCCGUUCGCCAAAAGUUGCAAUUUUCGGCAAGUGAUGGCGAAGAGGACAGCAUCGAAGACGCAAACAACAGCACCGGGGCCGAGUCGGGCUUCACGGAGCUGGACUCCCCGGUGUCCGUGCGGCGCAGCAGCGAUAAGAGGCCGGAGGACCUGGGCAGCAGCAGUCCGCUUAGCCGAACCAGAGACGACGACGAGUCCUGGGACGAGGAGGGAUUUGGCUCACCGUCUCGCGCGAAACAAACUUUUUACAUGAAAGGCUCUCCAUCGCCAAGGAAAAGUCCCCAGGCUUACGACAGUUCACCCGAGAGGAGUUACGUUCAUGAUGACAUGGAAGGAUCCAGCUCUCCUGUCCCGGACUGUCCUGAUACACCACCCCAUAAAACCUUCAGAAAACUCCGUCUGUUUGAUACCCCUCACACCCCAAAGAGCUUGUUGUCGAGGGCCAGGACGAUGGGGUCGACGAACCGGAGAGUCGCCUUGUUUAAGAAUGUGGAUUCAACGAGCAAAGCCUGUCUGGACGGAAGACGAAACCAGACACCUUUAGUAAACAUCAACCCCUUCACCCCGGACUCCAUUCUGGUGCAGUCCUCAACACUACAAAGAAACAACAGGAAACGGUCACACUGGAAUGACUCCUGCGGAGAGGACAUGGAUGCAAGUGAUGCUGAAAUAGAAGAGGAACUGAUUCCGCCCCCAAAGAGGAUCACAAUGAUGGAGAAUAACAUGAUGUCCAGAUAUGCAUCUGAAUUCCAUGAGCUGGAGAAGAUUGGCUCUGGGGAGUUUGGUUCUGUUUUCAAAUGCGUCAAGCGGUUGGACGGGUGUAUCUAUGCAAUCAAACGUUCUAAAAAGCCCCUGGCAGGCUCUGUGGAUGAGCAAAAUGCACUUCGUGAGGUAUAUGCACAUGCAGUUCUUGGACAGCACCCCCAUGUUGUGAGGUAUUACUCUGCUUGGGCAGAAGAUGACCACAUGCUGAUUCAGAAUGAGUACUGCAAUGGUGGAACCCUGUCUGAUGUCAUCGCUGAGAACAAUCGACGCAUACACUUCCUGUCUGAGCUGGAGUUGAAGGAUCUGCUACUGCAAGUCUCUCGUGGACUGAAGUACAUUCACUCUACAGCACUUGUUCACAUGGAUAUCAAGCCAAGCAAUAUAUUCAUUUCACGCAAACCUGUUCCAAGUGUUGAGGAAUUUGAAGAUGAAGAAGAUGGGCCCACCACAAGUGUGGUAUACAAAAUAGGUGAUCUGGGUCAUGUUACAACGGUUACCAAUCCACAAGUUGAAGAAGGUGACAGCAGAUACUUGGCAAAUGAAGUUCUUCAGGAGGACUACAGUAACCUGAAAAAAGCAGACAUAUUUGCCCUUGCUCUGACUUUAGUCAGUGCCUGUGGAGCAGAGCCCCUUCCCACCAAUGGAGAAAAGUGGCACAAAAUCCGACAGGGCAUUCUGCCCCAUAUUCCACAAGUGCUUUCUCAGGAAUUUUUAAGCUUGUUGAAGCUUAUGAUCCAUCCUGACCCAACACGGCGACCCUCAACCACUGACCUAGUCAGACAUCCCGUUCUUCUGACUGCUUCCAGAAUGAGUGCUGACCAGCUGCGUGUAGAGCUCAAUGCUGAGAAAUUCAAGAACGCUCUUUUGCAGAAAGAGCUAAAGAAAGCUCAGAUGGCAAAGGCUGCAGCAGAGGAGAGGGUUCUGUCCACGGAUCGUGUUCUUACACGUUCCACAAUCCAGUCCAGCUCGAGAACUUCUCGACUCAUCGGAAAGAAGAUGAACCGCUCUGUUAGCCUCACAAUUUACUGAGUUGAACUCCAGACAAAGGAGAUGACCAAUCCUGAGCGAGAACUACAGUGGUGCUUAUGAAAAGAUUGUGCACUGCACACAGACAGUUUUGUCUAUAGCCAGAAGGAUGACACAGACUGUCCUGUGACUUAUAGUGCUUACACUGUUUGACACAAGUACCAUGGUCUAUACUGAAGCUUGGGUCCUUCUGCAUUGUUUUGGCAAUAGCCUUUGAAUAUGUAAUGCAGAUCUGCCUUAUCUAUUAGAUUUGCCAUUUCAAAAUCUCUUGACAGAAUUGCCUUUAUAAUGGACACAUUUUUAGUAUAGAUCUGUCUUCCUAAUCCUUGCUUUAAGUUCCAUAGGUAAGAGUCAAAAUGGUCUCCCUGCACUUGCUUUCUCAACGCUGCAGUGUGCUCUUUACCAAAUUGGAGAUGUGUGCCCCUAUUGAGCCCUGAUAUGUGAAUGUACCUGAUCGAAGAUUUGUGCACCUUACUGCCUGUGAAAAAAAAGCCUGUUGGGCCACAGAACUUGGGGGUUGAGUUAGAUUGCCAUUAAAAUGAGCACUUUGGAGGCAAUGGUGAGCUUGCCACAGAAAGCCUGCUGCUAUUCAUGUUCGUCUGUAUCCUGGUAGGGUUGGAAGAUUUUUGUUUUUUCUUUAAGUAACUUUUAAAUCAUUUUAUCCUUUCAAACAAGCGAUAUUUCAAAACAUCAUCAUUAAUUAUUUUUUUUUUUUUGCAAUUACAUUUAUCCGUUUCUUUGCUUUGUUCAAUCUUGUCAAAUCUUGAAUUUAACCAUGUGACAAAUAUGCUUAAAACUGGACUCAAAUGAUUUAAAUGUACAUAUGCCAUUCAAAUCUCCAACCCUAUUUUUGUAGCAUUAAAACAAUCUGUCCAGUUCAUCCUAUGUCUUUUUAGUUAAUAAUGUAUAGUUUUGACUUAUGUGCUACAUAAACUACAUUGAUAGGGUACUGUUUAGAUACUUUGGUUUUGCUAAUCCUCAAAACUUCAUUUUGUCUGUAAAUAAGUUCAUUUUAAUAAACCGUUUUCACCUAAA